AUGUCGGUCGUCUUGACCUCGGUAUCACCACAAAAUAAUUUUUCACGAGGCCCUCACUGGAACCACGAAAGCCCUUUUCUACCCUUCUCCGCCCUAGAAACAAAACCAGGACCUGGAGCUCCAUCUCUCAAGGAAUUAGCAAUCAAGUGCCUAUUCAAGGACCAAUCCAUACUGAAACCGGAGUUAUUUCAGAAUGUCCCUUGGAUGUUAGCAAAGAAGCUAUGGGAAUAUCUGGAAAAUACUAGAGUCUCCAGUGAAAAAAGAACACUCCUGGCAUGGAAAAUCUUUUCAAUAAACUAUCCGAAGCAAUUCAACCGAAUCAGCCCCUCUUACACACUGAGGACUGCCGGCAUCAAGAAGCCUCUUAAAGGAUACAUCGAGAUCAUGAAGAGUGAUUCCUGUGAUUGGCGGGCAGUGUUGUCUCUCCCUACACUCACUGCCACCACAACUGAGCUGGUGGAGAUUGGCAGCAUGCGCAAUUUGGUGGCGUUGGAGCUGGCUCAAUAUGACUACGCUCGGAAAACAUUUGAUCCUGAAAAUCCAGAAGCAGGAUUGACCAAUGGGAUUGUGCGUACUUGGGUCGAAAUGGCCAAGAAUCUAGGGUCUUUACAGCACCUGCAAUUCCUGAGGAUUGAAAAUUCGAGUUUACUUACACCACAGGCUCUCUGGAUGCUAGAAGAACUACCAUGUCUGCAGCUUGUUACGGUCUCUGACUGUAAGGAGUUUACCAGUGAUUCCCUCAGCCUCAAUUCUUCGUUGAAAAGAGGGAAAAUUAUAGGAGGAUGGAAUACACAGCGACUGAGUUGGCUUCUUGAAGGUCAAGAGGAAGCCACUCUAGCGCUCAGGAAGCUGGAUCCUAUUUUGCACGUCUACGAAAGUUUAUUGGCUCAGGGAGAGAUUGUAUCUUACGGUGUUGCCUCGAAAGAUCAGGCUACCCUGGGCUCCGAUACUCAACUCAUGCAAUUUGAACUUCAGAUGUCAACUCGGCCUGAUAAGAACAAAUAUGGAAUGGAGAGUCGAGGAGGUUCCUAUAGGGCGAAAACAACUUUCUUCUUCACCCGAAUAUCGGAACAGAACAGGAAGAAGAGAGAACUUACAGGGACAAACGGACAUCAAACUAAAGGGAAGCGAGUAAUGAAGCAACGAAAGGGAAGGGACAUGACAGACUUGCUAGGUGAAUUUCUCACCUAA